CGGCCCAAUUAAACGAUGCAUCUGGAAUCCUAACCCUAUGUUCGUCUAUACAUAAUACAUCCACCGCCUCAUUUCAGAUGAUAUCCGAACAUUUGGAAUUCUAUGUAAUCGUCUACUCCGUAUGUCAAGUUUCUCUGAUCGGUUCUAUUCUUCUCAGCUCCCAUCUAUGUCGCUUAAUAUCUUUGCGAAGUUAAUUGAUCACCUCCUUGUCUCAUCGACGACAUCUCUUAAUCUCUAACAUAGCUUUUAUCAAUUAGCUAGACGUUUAUGUUUCUUCCUUCCGUUUACUGAUCGAACGUUGAGAAAAUGUGUACAUAAUGUGCUUAUUUUCUCCACCCUGUAUCAUUUUGGUAUAUCUAUUUCCACCCCCAAUACCUUCGAAUCCUGUUCUGUGAUUUGGUUUUGCCUCAAUAAAAAGCUCUGAUUCCGUUUCUGCUUAGGGCUUGUUAUUUAUUUUCCGUGUAUGGAAAGAGGCAAAUAUUCAAAUGCGGGAGAGUUGAGUCGCUCCGCCAUAGGUGUUCAACUGGCGCAGCUAAUGAAAUCCCGCAAAAUCAUAUAUGCUGUUUAUAUUAAUAGUUUUCCAGCAGGCAAUGAAAUUGUGAUUAUAUUUGAUUCAUAUAGAUUCACGAAGUUGGAUAUGUAGUACUGCUUUUGUGUGGAUUGAGUUAGUCGACAUUGUUAUGGAAAUCCGAUGAUGGCAUGAAAUCUUUGAGACCUGAUAGUCUACUAUUGAUGUCAACAUAAGCAUAUAUUUCUGAGGAUUCUCCCCACUGUUUAUGGUUUUUUCAAAGUGUUUAUGAGAUUUGAAAAAUUGUGACCAUUUUUGAUGAGAAAUUGAGAUGAUGAUCGCACUGGGCUCUGAGCAGUUUUGAAUAAACACUGUAAUCUGAUGCACAUUGCAGCCUAGAAAGCUAUGUCUGAUCUUUAACUCACGAGAUGUCUCAGUAUUACAUUAAUAAUAUGAUGUACAGUUAAAUGCUGAUUAAUAAAAAAAGGUAUGUACUUGUUUUAAAAAACUAGCUCUGCUUGUAAUUAUCAAUUUCCUUGGAUUAAUGUUAAUUAAUAUCUUGAUUUGUCAGACUUUCAAACACAAAUUAUCAUGCCCUUUUGUUUGGAUAUUUGAAUGGUAUGUAUCUUAAUAAAUAAAAGGGAGUUGCUUCUUUCUUUGAACUACUUAAAAUUGGUACCUUGUACGGAGUAUCAUUCUGCCCCAAUUGUUUUACAAGGGGGUGUUUGUUUUACAGUGUGUCACCCCAAACUGCCGUUUUUUUUCAAAUGGAAACGCUGCAAAAUGCAGUUGCCCCAUUCCGCCGAAAACCAGUAUAGAAACAAUCCUGAUCCAUUCAAGUUUAACAAAUAGGAUCCAAAUAAUUAUGAAAAUUAUAUAAUCACAUAAGUAUCACUAUCCAGAUUAAUUAUAAAAAAGAUAGAAAUAAUUAUGAAUUUAUGAUUAAUAUAAAUGGGAUUUUACAAAAAUUUGACCUGGAUAGAAUAGUUUAUUUUAAACUUUUAUACUUGGGUGAUCAUGGGAUUCGUGGCAUUAUCAUGGGAAAUAAUUAAAAUAUGUCAAACUUUGAUGGGGUUGAUGGGGUGUGAGAUAAGCACCCUAAACUUGCAUAUGUAAUUCAAAUAUCUCAAAUUUUAUAUAAAAAGUUAAUUUAACAUCAUGGUCAUGUAUUUUUGGUUUAAAAAUAUUAAUUUUUGGUGUUUAUUUCAUAGAGCCCGUUUGGUAGCACGAAAAUUGGUUGUUUUGGCUGUUUCUGCUGAAAUUUAUGAAGUUCUGGCUGAAGUGGCUGUUUUGGUUGAUUCUGCUGAUUCUAGAAAAAAUAUUUUAAAAAUAUAUUUUAUUGAUAAAAUAAAGAAAAAAUUAUAUGUAAAAAUAGCUAAAAUGGUCAUCUACAAUAACUUCAGCCAAUACAGCCAGAAAAGUAACUCCAACCUUACUUUUUCUGCUUAUUACACAAUUCAACACGCGAAAGUAAAAAUUACGUGUUUGGUGAAAAAGCUGGCUGAUAAGCCUAAUAAGCCGAAAAAAGGGGUCUUCAAACGGGCUCAUAAUUUGAUAAUUUUUAGCAUUUUACAGUUUAAACUUCCAUUGUAAAAUAAAUAGUAUUACCCUGCACUAUAUAUAAUUAUAAUGUUUUCAAUUUGCUCAUAUUGCAGGAAGAAAUGGAAUUGCCAAGUUUCAAAACUUAUUCACUGAAGGACAUCUAUAUGCGAUUAAAAAAAUUUGUUCAGGAUUUUUUUUGAGAAUAGGUUGCUCAUAUUUUAGGAUGGAUGGAGUGUUCUGAAUGUUGAGUUAAGUCCGUUGCGAGGAGUUGAUUAAGAUGUACUCUGUACAACACAAUUGCAUUGGGUUCCUACAGAGCAGCUAGAUGUUGUUUAGAUGAUUUUGAAAAAAAUGUAGAAUUCAUAUGUGCUCUAGGUUAUUUUUUAGCAACCAUGUAGUAUAAUAGCAAAAUAUAGAGUUUGCUAUGUAUCUGAAAUUUAUGUAUCAGUUCAUUACUUUUUUCCUUGAAUAAAAUGAGUUCUACUUUUAUAUAGAUAAUAAUGGCAACAGAUGGAGUUUCCUUUGUAACCAACUGUAUGUAUCUGAAAUUUAUCUAUCGGUUCAUUACUUAUUUUUCC